UUCAAGACCCUUCGAUCGCACAGAUUGCACUGUUCACGAUACAGGGUAUCAUCAUCCUUUAUCGAGGCACUAAACAUCUGUGGAAGAUUUUUCACUUCUGGUUUUUUAAUUAUUUAAAAACGUGCUCUGUUCCGUCGGUUUGUUGCGGGGUUUGGCCGGUUCGCGUUCUUCGAAAGUUUCCACGAAAAAAUGGCAGAUUUAUCAGGCGGACAAGGAUAUGACCAAGACUGUCCCUCUUAUGAGCCCACUUGGCACAUUAUUCCUCCUGAUUAUGUUCACAUGGAGGAUGAGUACCGAUAUUCACUACUGGACAGCAUAAAAAUGUCAAAUUCCAUGAGCAACCAACGGCAGCCGGCCAGUUUCGCCAUCAGCGAUAUUCUGGAAUUGGAUCGACAGAACAAUCCACAUUCAGAACUGGAUCCCAGCAUUACGGACAGCCUGUAUACAACCACCGAUUUGUCUUAUAUGCCAAGACAUUGGGCCCAAUUACCUGAUCACGGAUUGCCGCCCAUUCAUCAUGUUCACCCGCAGCAGCAUUUGCUGCCUCCUUUGCACAAUCCUCCGCAAGUCUCGCCUGACAGUACCAGUCCUCCAAUAUCCGAUCGAUCCAGCGUGGAACCAUCCAGUUUGACGGAUUCUUCGACUCCAAUGGGAGGACCCCCACUCACAGCCAUCCAAAGCGACAAUUCGGCGCCCAGCAAUGGAGCACUGAGUGAGGCUGAGGAUGGAGAUGGGGAGCAUGAUGACGAGGAUUGUGGCAAGGAUGACGACCGAGACCAGCAAUCGGGAGGACACAAGAAGCGGAAACGGCGGGUUCUUUUCUCAAAGGCACAAACGUACGAAUUGGAGCGACGGUUCAGACAGCAAAAGUACUUGAGCGCCCCCGAACGCGAACAUUUAGCGUCCAUCAUCAGGCUCACGCCGACGCAAGUGAAAAUUUGGUUCCAAAAUCACAGAUACAAGACCAAACGAGCGCAGCACGAAAAAGGGAUGCACGACCAGCAAAACAACAACCCCAUGCCGUCUCCCCGAAGGGUGGCCGUUCCUGUGUUGGUGCGCGAUGGUAAGCCGUGCAUGGGCGGCGGCCCUAAACCCCAGGACAAUUUCCAGAUAUCCGCUAGUCACUUGGGCCCCUUAAUGGGCGCCCACAUGCCGCCCCAUUCUGUUCUGUAUGGGCAACCGCGAUGGCAUUGGCAAUAGACUUAGUUCCUAUUUUUUUUGUACAUUUUGUCGAUAGUUUGAGCAGCGCUUAGUAAGCGGGGUAAGUACAAAUGUGGCUUCAUUCGGCCAAAGACAACUUUUUCAGUUACGCACACCUAACACCAGCAAGGUGAAAAAAACGUAUUUUUUGUUGUUGCCAAGAGCCUUCCAACUCCGUGAUUGAGUCUAGGUAAAUAACGUUAUCAAGCAAAGAAAUUUAUUAAUUAGAAAUAUUGAAAGAUAACAUUUCGAUUGUAUGGAAGGUACUUAUUCGUUGCGACAAGAUAAAAUGAUUUUUGUUUGGAUUGAUUCAAAUGACGUGGGCGUUUUUUUCUCUAAACUUGUUUGCCUUUACGAAAAACAUGACAUUUUAAAAUCAACAGAUUUCCGAGAGCGAUAACCAGCUACAAUUGGCUGAAUUUUCAUUUUCGUUUCUCACAACUUAAGUGGAUGUUUACGUACUUGUCAAUGUUGUUUUAUUUGGGAGAAUGUUUUCGCAUCAAUUCUAGUCAUAAUUUUAGGUCCCGAGCCGCCCAUGUACACGGUGUCCCAUGACUCAAUGGCCAUUAGGUCGGACCUUAAUUUCUCUUUGCGUCGUGGACUUUCUCCCCGGUAAAUAAAAAUUUUCCAUUGAUUUUAUAUGAAAGAAACGUCUUAAUUUUUUAAUCCUUCUAAAAACCGAUGCAAAUUUUAGAUUUGCGUAUUUUGAGCUGCUGAAUCCAAGACUUACUAUCUUCUAAGUAGCGUAAAAAUUUUAUUAUUAGUCAAUUUUGUUUUCAAUUAUAUAUUUUUUCAUGUGUUUUACGCUGCUGAAUCCAGUGGGGUGCUUAUGUUCUGUCUAUGUAGCCAUGAAAAAAAUUAUAAGCAAAAACCGUUAAAAAAACUUGAAAAAUUAGCGGAAAAAGCAGACAAUUUUCUUACAGCCUUCAAAGCACAACAAAAACAUUGGGAAUUUUUUCUCAUUUAUCUACGAUUUUAUGGAUUUUGAGCUAGUGCCAUCAGUUUUUGUCUAGGUACGGUGCUAAAAAUCGAAAAUCGAAGGAAUAAGUACACAAGCAGCUGGAAAGUAUGUGCUUUUUAUGUACGAAUAUACUCCAACCAUUCAGAUUUUUAGUUGCAAAGCCAACAGUUUAAGAAGGAAACUUAAAAGGCAGAUGACCAUUCCAUAAGCUGAAUGCACUCGGUUUGGUCCCAAAAAAAUGUGCUUGAAAUAAUCGAAAAAUUACCAACAAAGUACAGGAAAAGAGCAGAACUUUGGAAACCGUUUAGGAUGACAAUAACGAAAAACGUUUCGUAAGUUUGAAAAUUCAAUGAAAAUUUUGAAACACACCGACUCAUAUUGGAAAACUUUUUUGCGACUGAAAAAACGUCAACUUGGUCAAAAAAUCAUAAAGCACACUUAAGAAAGCACGCAUUUUAAAAGAUAAACCAGAAUUGAGCGAAUCGAACUCUUGAUUUUCGUUCGCUAAAAAUUCUUCCAAAAUAUGGUCGUUUGUGGUCAACAAAUAAUCAGAUUGAAUCAAAAUCGCUUCAUUUCCUGGAAGGAAAACCUAAUAAGAAACGAACGAAACAAACUGUUGAUGUACGUUUGAGAAAGACUCUUCCUGAAAAUCGGUGUUUUAAAAAAUAAGACAGCAAUAAGUGAAUGAACUCUUGAUGUAUCGCAAAGAAUGGCAAAAGGGGACGAUACGAAUCUAUUUAUGUUUUUAAAAUUGCAAAUUCAAAUUAUAACGUAGGCAAACCCAUGGAGUUUAAUGCAAAUCUGUAGUGAUUUUCUAAAUGGGGAAAAAUACAGUUGAAUAUGAAAGAAACAAAGCUUUGAAAAUGAAGAAGCCUUCUUGCGCCAACUUGUUCCAAAAAUGUUCAAAACGUUCGUAAAAAAAAACCGUGUGAAAAAUCAUUAAGCAAACGUAUCAGCACACGCAUGCGAGAAGAAAAAAAAUUAACGAAAAUCGAACGACACAAACUAACGAACUGAUCAAAAAAUCUUCCUGAUAAUCAAUUUAAUUAAACAUAAAAAAAAAGAAGAAACGAACUUUUGCGAUAUCGCAUGACAAGAGUAGACAAUGAUCUAUUCUGAUUUUAAAAUUAUUUAUACAAAAAAAUCGAGUCAGGAAGAAACCCAUUUAAAUUUGGGAACGCCCUGGACGUAGCAAGAAAUGCCUUCGAAAUGGAGAAAAUACAGUUGAAUAUGAAAAAAUUGUCAUAUUGUUCGCAGAAAGCCGAAAUAAGAAGUCAUAAAAACGUAGACAAAUAGAAGCGCACCACUGGAUUCAGCAACAUAACACACAUGAAAAAAUAUCAUUUGAAACAAAAUUGAACGAUUAUGGUCGUUAGAGGCUCAUUUUUGCAGUUUUUCCAGGAUUUUUUGGUAUAAUAAUAUUUUGACGAUACUUAAAGACAACCGGUGGCUCCAUUCGAUUCAACAAAUUAACACGUUUUUCCCAUAUGAAAUCAUUGGGAAACUUGAGGUCCUUUAAGGCACGUGAUAAAUCGAUUUUAAUCCUUUUUGGGCAAGUUUCUACAGCCUAUAGAAGGGGUUUUCACCUUGGGAGAAAGUUCAUCUGAGCUUUAGUUUAAGAGCGUUUUGUUUGUUUGUUAAUUUUCCAGUUUUACAGUGUUUUCUUAACAGCGCACUGCAUUUUUUAAUUGAAAAUUGCCGAAGAAAUCGACAUUUAAGUUGUGGCCAUUGAGUGGCUCGACAGUCUGUAUUUUGAGAUUUUACACUGUAAAGCGUCGUUUCCCCAACAAAGCCCUUUGGGAAACUUUUUUGUUUUGUAAAUAUUCGGUUCCUCAGUGAUACGAUUUGAGGCAAAUUGAUGGUAGCUGUGUGUACCAACCUGUAUAGUGUAUAUAGUAGAAAUAGAUAUCGAUACAAGCAAACUGCUAGAUUUCAAUGUUUUCUCGUAUCAAUAUACUGUUAUGGGGAGGGCAAAAAGCUAUUACUCUAAACCUAAGGGAUUAUGUUUUUGUAAUAGGUGAUAUUUAUUAAAUACUAUUAACGCUAAGCGCAGC